AUGUGCGUAGUCGAUCAGAAUGCCUUAGAAUCGACCGGAAAUAUUGAAAAUUAUAUUGUCUCGGAGGCUAACGCGGAUAAUAAUUACGAGCACAGAACGUUUACGCAUGCGACUAUUUACACGAAUCAAUGCUUACUUUCUACAGCGACGGUUUUAAUUUUAAAUAAUCAAAAUUCGUGGGUUAAAUGUAACGCGCUUUUAGAUAGUGCAUCGCAGUCAAAUUUAAUGAGCCAAAGUUUGUCUGAAAAGCUUAAUUUAACGUACGAAAAAGUUAAUAUGCCGUUAUCGGGCGUAGGACAAAUCGAAACAAAUAUUAUAGGCAAGACAAAAACGUGUAUUAAAUCGAGAUUCAAUGAUUUUCAAGCGAGACUACAGUUUUUAAUAAUACCGAAGGUGACUGAAAAAUUACCGUUAAUAGGAUUCGAUAAAUCGCAAAUAAAAUACCCGAAAAAUUUGAACUUAGCCGAUGAAAAAUUCAAUAUACCCAAAGAGAUAGAUUUAUUGAUCGAGGCCGAAAUCUUUUUUGACCUACUAAAAGAAGGCCGAAUGAAGUUAGGAACCGUGGGUCCUGUUUUGCAGGAAACGUAUUUCGGAUGGAUAAUUACCGGCAAUUUGAAUUUUAAUAUAAACGCGACUGUGGAUAAAUUUCAAAAACGAGUAUGUAAUAUAACAAACGUGUCAAAUAAACAGUUACAUGAUUCGUUGAGUAAUUUCUUGCUAAUCGAAGAGUUAGAAAAAGAACGCAUCUUAUCAAAAAACGAGCAGUAUUGUGAAGAUUAUUUUAAGCAAACAACUAAACGCGACGAGUUAGGUAUUUUUACGGUUAAAUACCCCUUUAAUCCUGAAUUUAAAGAGCAACUAGGUGAUUCAAAGGCUACGGCGAUAAAGCGUUUUAAAAGUUUAGAAACGAGAUUUACAAAAAAUGCCGACUUGAAAGAACAGUACGUAAACUUCAUGCGAGAGUAUGAAUCACUUGGGCACAUGACCUUUCAAAGUACAUUAGAUUCAGACAACUCGAUCGAAAAUAAGUCUUACUUUUUACCGCAUACAGCAGUACUACGGGAUCAAUCCUUGACUACAAAAUGCCGCGUAGUAUUUGACGCAAGCGCAAAAACUAGCACAAAUGUAUCGUUUAAUGACAUUAUAUUACCGGGACCGACGAUUCAAGAUGAUUUAUUUUCUAUCUUGCUGCGACUAAGACUAAGAAAAAUCGUAUUAAGUGCAGACGUAAAAAUGAUGUAUAGGUGCAUUAAAAUCGAUCCAGACGAACGUUCCUAUCAAAAAAUAAUAUGGCGUGAAAAUCCAAACGAAAAAAUGAAAAUCUACGAGUUAAACACGGUAACAUACGGGACAUCUAGUGCACCCUUUCAAGCAACGCGCUGUUUGAAAGAGGUAGCAAUUUAA